AUGGAGAGUUACACCUCCCACGCCCGCUCGGUCGCUCAAACAUCCUCAGACGGCCGAUUAUCCCUCCCACCCAGUCGCAGUCCUUCCCCUUCACCUCCUCAAUCUCCCAUCCUGCGCAGCCAUCGCCCGCGGCCCAUCUCCGCCAUCAGCCUCCCCGAUCACCAUCAUCAUGCCGCACUCAGGAGGCCACCAAUCGUGUCUGAAGGCCGAUGGAGCUACGACCGGGAACGAAUGCCAGCGUCCCCGGUUUGGUCUCGCGCGGGGUCGAAACCGGAAACGCCACUGAGUGAACACGACCGCGAAAUCUUCGAGGAAGCAUUCUCGCAGCCCUCACGGCCGCCGAGCAGUAUCUUGGUGGAGUCUCGCGCUUCAAGUCGGCCACCGUCUAUCAUCUUGAAUGGGCCUACCGAGCUGGGCUGGUCUCAUGCUCCUGGAGAUAUCCACCCGUUCAAGUUGAUACCGACCGCAGCGGAGAAGUCAACCCCGUACCCCCAGCCACCCCAGGACGGAAAACACCACCGAACCCGCCCAGCGUAUCACAUCCUCACAGAGGAAGAGAUGGAACUGCUCUCCCACCCACCACCAAUCCACCCGCCCAUGACCAUGACGCCCUCAGCCUCGCCGCCAUCGUCACGACCAAGUACCCCACGCCCAUUAGCCACAAAGCAACAGCACCAGCAACGGUCCACUUCCCCUCAAACCUCACCACGCAACUCUGCUACCUUCAAUGACGAAGACGACGACAGCGGCUGCUUUGGUGGCCGGUGUAGUAUCACCCCAGCCAGGCAGAUCGCAGGCACCUUUGGGGCGUGGUUCAUCGGUAUGGCGAUGCCCAUCACUUUUGGGUUGUUGACGGGCUGUAUUGGGGCUGGUUGUCGGUAA